AAGUUGUUUUUAUUCAACAAUGAGAAUCUUCAGUCGCCUUUCUUCUUAAUAUCGAUUGUCUCGAUACGUGUAAGGUGCUGUGACGAGCUGCCUACAUCGACUCACCUCUCCACUGCGCAGGUCAGUUGCGUCACCUCUCCACUGCGCAGGUUCUGGACCUAUCUCACGGAGAAGACUUCAAUGUCGUCGACCGAAAGUCAAGACGAUGAAAAUUUCUGGCAGUACAACGAGAACCGCUUUGGGAACGACGGGUGUUUCAACAAAAAGAAUCCACACGACGUUUCGGUGAUGACGGAAGGGCGGAACGAGGCUGUUGUCCAGGAUGUUCAUCGCUGUCCAUACCCGAUGGUUCAACAAGAGUUUUGUAACAGUGACAGUGGUGGCGACAGUCCUGUGAUAUACCCGCAUCACAGGGACAGGAGAGGAAUGUCUUCGGGACAUAAGGUGAGAUCUGUAGGUCAACAGAUUUCGACUCCGGGAGUGGAAGUCAUGAAGAAGAGACGCUUGGCAGCAAAUGCAAGAGAAAGGCGACGGAUGAACAGUUUAAACGACGCCUUUGAUCGUUUAAGAGACGUCGUGCCGUCUUUGGGUAACGACAGGAAGUUGUCCAAAUUUGAAACACUUCAAAUGGCGCAAACGUAUAUAUCAGCGCUGUAUGAACUUUUGCAGAGAGACUGAAGUCACAGUUUUAUUUUGACGAUCUGGCGAACAUUUGUCAUGAACUCUACCUUAAUGAACUGUAAUAUUAUAUUGUUAUUUAAAUAUGUGCUAAGGUGUUUUAAACGAGACAUGAUAUAUAUGACAAGUGUGACACGAAAUGCAUUUAUUUUCAGUAUUUUUAAAUAUAAUUCGAAAUUGUUGCUAUGAAAACUAAAUUACAUGCGUCACUAAUCGUGUUUUGAUGUUGGUACUAGCAUUGGACAAGAAUAAAUCAGUGCCUCAAUACAUGAAAGAACGAUGUACAUAUUUAUAAUAUUGAUAGAAUACAUUUCUAUAAAGACUUAUAACCUGACAACUGA